AUGCACGAGAUAUACAACAGAAUCAGAGAAACCAACGGUUGUAGUCGCGAACUAAUAAAUAAGGAAGAGGGAGAAGACAGGGGGCAUACCAUCGUUGUGGACAUUGGUUGUCUACAGUACUGUUCAUCAUCGACGAUUGCAACUGCUCACCGAAGUUACCUUCUCGUUUUGGGAACCGGAGUCUCGUGCCCUUCCAAUCAUUUCAUCAGUUUAGUUUUCUUGUACUGCAGUCUCAAGCACCAGCCUGAAAUUGGACGGAGCUGCCAGAAAGAUGAAGUUUUCGGGAAAGAAACUACUCCCGUGUUUGUUUUCAUUUUGUCAUUCCUUUCUAUUCUCAGACUUCUUAAAAUCGUAGUUACUACUACUUCACAUUAUUCAUCUCGAGCUGCUACUUUGUCAUUGCCUGUUCAACAGGAGUGUUCAUCACCUUCUGAAUGCAGCAAGGAACGAUCAAAUGCGCCACCGGUAGAGUCUGGUCCACCCGGAACAACCACCAAUGCAACCCUUCUCACCCCGAAGGAAUUCACAUUUUCAAAUCUCAUUUCCAAAAGAGCACCUUGUAACCUCCUUGUCUUCGGUCUUCAAUUGCAGUACUUCAACCUAUCAUCUAUAAAUGCAGGAGGAGUCACUCUUUUUCUCGAGGAUGACCCUUACAAGAUAAGACAAUACAAAGAGGAUUCUAACGGGACUCGAAUUUAUAAGGUUCAGUACCAGAAACCAGCUAAGAAUGCAUACAAGAUGCUUAAGCAUUCCAAGGAAAAUCCUAUUUGUGCACCUCGUACAAGUCUGCUCCAGCAAUCGACUUGCAAACUGGCAUUGAGAAAUUUACCACAAGUGUAUCAGCUUAAAUGGGAUGUAGUGUUAGUGGACGGACCAAGUGGAGAAGCACCGGGAAGGAUGACAACCAUCUACACUGCUAGCGUGUUAGCAAGAGCCGGUAAGACGACUGAUGUUGUAGUACACAUUCAUAGCACGAUUGAAAAGUGGUUCUCUUGGGAAUUCCUCUGCGAAGAAAACUUGGUUUCUGCUAAAGGAAAAUUCUGGAACUUUAGGAUCUCUGAUCAAUCAAAUUCUACUAAGUUUUGCACUUCUGAGAAGGUUCAGAUAGAGUAACAUCCUUCUUUUUCUGCAGCAACAGAACAAUCAGCGGCGGCAUUACUACAGGCCGGUUAGUCAUAAAAUUUGUGAAUAAAGAUAUCAUUACAUUUGGCAUUAUAAAAGACCAAAAUCAGGGUGCCACAUCCAGGAUAUAUUAGGUGGGGAGUCAUAAUAAAACAAAAUUACCCCACACAGUUGAACAAUAGAAUUCAGGCUCAAACAGGAAUGAUCAAGUUCCAGAAUUGGAGAGUGUGAGUAUCUGGAACUGAAGUGUGCGUCUGCCUA